AUGUUUAAAGCUUAUGCUUCAUCGGAAUCAUCAGUGAAGAAUGAGGAUGAAAAAGAGCACAUAGUGACAUCAUUAGCAGCAGCUGCAGCAAAUAGCAAUAGUGCUAGUGGCAAUACUUGGCUUGAGAAUAGAUCAUUUUCUAUUGAACCACCAACCAUUCCUUUUCAACAGCAGUCAGUUAUUUCAACAAAAAUCAAUCCACCUGCUGAUUUUAAACCAAAAGAAGAAAAGAAACCAAUUUCAAAACCAAUUCAAAAUAUCAUAACGAACAAAACUGAAACGAAAGAUGGUGUAUUCUAUAUUGAUCGCCGACGUGAUCGUGCCAAUACUACUGUUCAAUACACUCAUGGUGUUCCUCGAUAUGGAGCUAAAUUUUGUAAUCAACGUCCAUUAGGUUCUAAAUUUACAAAGUUUCGUAAACAACGCCUGGUCCGUUAUUUUCAUCAUAAAACCGAAGAUACCGAUAAUCGACCGCCAGAUUCGUUCGUUACAAUAGACGAUCAUCUCAAACAAUUGAAUAUUACCGUACGUGAACAACCACAGUCAUUCGAUGCUUGGAAAGAAUUAAUUGAUUAUCAAUUUUAUCUUUUUAAAACGAAUGGACAAGAAGAAAAACUAACGGCCUUGUAUAAUAAACAAUUAUCAAUAGUUGAUCGAGCUUUGGAACUUAAUGAUAGUCGUUUACAAUAUCGUUUAUUAAAAUUAAAUAUUCGUUCACGUUCAAAUCUAUUUAAUCAUGAUAUACUUUUAAAUGAAUGGUUGUUAUUAAUAAAAGAUUGUCAAAAAUCAAGUGACGAUCGAACUAUCAAUGAAACAUGGUUUUCCUAUAUACAAUUUAUACUUAAUCGUAUUGAAAUAUUUUCAAUAGACAAAUUAAAUGAAAUGUUUACGCAAUAUUUUUCAACAUAUGCAUAUCAUAUACAAACACGUAGUGAAAAAGAUCGAAAACAUUUACUAAAUCAUAUGAUAGAGAUUUUUCAAAUAUGGACAUGUACAUUACGGGAUGCUGGUUACUGCGAACAAGCACUUGCACUUUAUCAAACUAUGAUUGAAUUACAUUUAGAUUUAACAGCAGAAACAAAAAUUAAUUUUUCCAACCGCUUAGAAACUAUUGAAAAAACAUGGGAUACAGAUAAACGACGUUUUGGAGAACAUGUUGAAAUAGAAAAUCCAAUAACAUAUAUUGAAAAUGAACUUUUAUUGUUAUCUACCAAUGAAAAUCGUUUAUUUAAUUCUACUUAUCAAUCAUGGAUUUUAAUUGAACAAGCAAGAAUAAAUUUUUAUCAAUCGAAAAUUCUCAAUCAUGGUAUUCAUUUUCAUUCUAAACUUCUUCAAUCAUUAUCAGAUUCUAGUCAAAUUGACAAUGAUAUAUCAAACAUAUUAUUUCAACGUUCUAUUCGUCCGUUUGUAUUUGAAUUAAAUGAUCAACGACAAUUUCUACAAAUUAUUAUUUAUUAUCUUUAUUUUCUCAAUGGUUUACCACAACUAACAAUCUUACAAGAAGUAUUAAAUAAAUUUAAGAUUUCAUUAUCGCAUCAUUUACAAGAACAAUUAUUUAUUGAUAAUGAAUUUCUACAACUUUAUCCAUUGAUACAUUCAAUAUCAAUUCUACGAACGGAAAGCAACUUUUCUAUUGAAUAUAUUUCCAAAGUUUACGAACAAAUAAUAGCAAUACCAUCGUUAAAAUCCUAUCAAAUUGAAUUUAUUCUGCUUCAUUGGUAUUAUCUAGCAGAAAAUAUCCGUGAACUUAAACAACAAAAUCCAUCAUUAGCCAAAGCCCGUAUAAAAUCGUUGCAAACAAUUAUAAAGAAAUAUUUAUCAUUAGAAGAAUAUCGUACAUGUCUUCGUCUCUAUACACAUUAUGGCCGUGUUGAAUAUGAAUAUUUUCAACGUAUCAAUGAAAGUCGUCGUAUAUUUGAUUUAUGUUUUCAAACGAUUCAAACAAAUCCAACAAAAUUUUCUUCGUUUGAUUCAUAUAAUGAUGUAUGUUAUUGGCUGUCAACAUCGCUUAUAUGUGAAUUUAAUUUAAAUCAUUUAUUUGAUAAUAUGUUAAAAAUCAUAUUAGAAAAUUCAAAAUUGAUUCCAUUAGAUAAACAAAUUAAUAAUAAAGAAAAGCUAUGUUCAUCAAUUAACUAUGUUUUAAAUAAAUUAUUUCCCAAUACACAAUUUAAUGAUAUAAUCAUACUUGUUAUUGAUUGUUUAAAAUCUCGAAAAUUUUCAAAAUGGGAUCAAAAAUCAGACGAAGACUGGUCAACAUAUUUAAGAAAAAAUAUCUAUCUAUCAUUUGAAUUAUUAUUUAUUUUUCUAAAUUAUUCAUAUUUAUUAAAUGAUCCAUUUGAUAAAUUACAUUCCAUCAUAUUAAAUUCAAUUGUACCAUUAAUUAAUGAACAACGUAACAAAACGAAUCAAACAAUCAUUGAUUAUAUUCUUCGAUUUUAUUUAUCUAUACUUUGGAAUGAAUUAUUUACUGAACAUCUUUUAUUUAAUCAAUGUACAAAUUAUUUAAAACAACUAUUAGAAAAUAUCAAAUGGCCGUCAAAUAUUCUAUUGAAGUUUAUCUCAAUUUACACAUGUUUUCUACCAUUAUAUGGUAGUUAUGUUAAUGAAUAUGAACAAAAAAUAUUGAGCUAUGAAUAUACUCAAAAAAUUGAAUAUCGCUUAAUAACAAAAAUGUUUGUUUUAGAAAUGAAUUUAAUUAGACAUUUAAAAAUACAAAAAGCAAGUUCCGUCAAUGAAAGAAUUAAUUCCGGUUAUGAACAUCGUGUUAGACAUAUUUUAAAACAAUUGAUUCAAGAAUAUCCAUACUAUGUACAAAUAUGGCUCUUCUAUGAACAUUUUGAAAAAUAUUCACCAAAUAGUAAUCGAAUUAAAUCGAUUCUUUAUGAUGCGAUGCAAAGUUGUCCAUGGGCAAAGACUCUGUAUAUGAAAUCAAUUUCCAGCUCAAAUAAUGAUAAUGAAUGGAAAUUAUUUCUUAAUGUGAUGUUAAAAAGCAAUGUACACAUUUUAUUUUCUCUUGAAGAAUUUGAUAUGCUUAAAGAAUUGUGUGAAAUGAAAACAUAA